AUGCACUGUAGCUGCUGGGCUGAGGGCAUCCGGGCCUCCCCUGGCAACUGCUGGAUCUCAGGCUGGGCCUUCCCUGACUGGGCCUACAAAGCCGAGUCCUGCCCAGGCUCCCGGCAGAUCCAGCUGUGGCACUUCAUCCUGGAGCUGCUGCAGAAGGAGGAGUUCCGCCAUGUCAUCGCCUGGCAGCAGGGCGAGUGCGGGGAGUUUGUCAUCAAGGAUCCGGACGAGGUGGCCCGUCUCUGGGGCCGCAGGAAAUGCAAGCCACAGAUGAAUUAUGACAAGCUCAGCCGGGCCCUCAGGUAUUACUACAACAAGAGAAUCCUGCACAAGACCAAAGGCAAAAGGUUCACCUACAAGUUCAACUUCAGCAAGCUCGUUGUGGUCCACUGCCCUGGGUGGGAGGUGCAGAUGCCGCCCUCCUGCCUGCUGCUGGGGGCCCCUGUCCGGGGCCGGCCGGCCCUUGUGCCCAUGGGUGUGCACACUGAGGCUAUGGCACCGCAGCUGGCCAGGCGGCAGAGCCCCCGCGAGCCCCCAGAGAUCUCUGGGGAGAAGGGAAGCGGUGGCGGAGGCAGCCACCACGGCGGACUCCGCUCUGCCCCCUGCCCCUGCUGGCUCGGGCCAUGCUGCCAUCUCGGGGGCCUCCGAGGCGAGCUGCCCGGCUUUGCGUCCUGGGCUCCAGCCCUCCCGACCCUGCCCUCCCCCUGGGCCCACAUCUCGGGGUCCUUCCUGCCUCUUCUCCCUGUACAGCAGCAGCUGCCGAGCACCUUCAAGCCCGACACGCUCCCGGGGCCAGGGUGCUCGCCGGGGCCCCAGCAGGCUACAGAGCUCCCUCUGCCGGCCAGUCUGGGACAAGGCGUGGGGGAGAGGCUUCCGGUGCAGUCGCUCAGGCCUGGGGGGCUGGAGGUAAAGCCUGACCCCGUGGUGGGAGAUAAGGGGUGUCUGAACCCCAGGGAGGGCUUCUCCCAAGAGCCCCACAAACCGGAGCUCGGGGAAGACAGCCCUGCACCCCCCAUUGUGGAGCCCCUCAAAGCCGCGCGGCCCUCGGAUCCUCCUUAAUUGUCCCAGAAUGUGGAGGGGUCCCCAAACUCCAUUCCCCCUUGCCCACCUCUUGUCUGAUUUUGCACCUCUUUGUGGCUGGGUUCAAGCUGAGGCUUGCAGGAUUUGAAGAGGUGACUUGGACCUCUACAGAAAGGCACAGAUGUGGGGGUGGGGGAAACUGAGGCUGGGCCCCUCCUCUCCCACCACACUGCUCAGCAGACUAAGAGGUCUUGGUCUCCAUAUUCUCGGAGAGGGAGAAUUAAUAAGGCUUUUGUCACUGGAACCAUCUCUCCCAUAUCUACCCAUGUGAGGGAGGAAUCAAGGUCUUGCUGGGGCCGGGCCCGCGGAUGCCUUUCUCCUCCUAGCCCAUCUCCUCCUCUAGGCCAAGGUCUCCCUCCCUCCGCCACCCUCCAGGCCUUUUCUUCCUUCCCUCGGAGACUCCAGUCCCCUUCAGGAGCUUCCUUCUACCUCCUUU